GCCAGCAAAGGCGGAAAUACAACUGCGUUACUGAGUACGUCUCAUUAUUUACAACGAAACAGAAGAAUAAAUAGAUAUAUGCGCUGCCACAUCGGCAUUCUUAUAGACAGGAAAGAUAUGGCGCAUCGCAAUUGAAAUUUAAGCUCAGUUUAAUCAGUUCUCAGUUGUUUAUAUGCAUUGAGAAGGCAUGUGCAAUUUACGCUAACCCAAGCCGUCAGCUGUAUCAAGCUGAGUUGCUAAAGCAAGAUGGUUAACUAAUAACACGGAAUUCUGGGAAUAUCUAGCUGGUUUGGUAUGUUCGCUACGUUUUACGACUUCAUGCAUCUAUUUAUAAAGGUUGUAUUUUGUAAAUCAAACGGCACUGGUACGAUUUCAGUCAAAGCACCCUAGUCGGUAUCUUAUCCCAUUCAGCCCAAGUCCACUCAUUUCUGACAGUUCAUAACGUUUUAGCUUGUGAGCCAACUUAGCUUAACAGCAGCGUUAGCGGCAACAAGGUAGCAUUAAUCGGUAAAGGUCCGACGUUUGCGGUUAGCUAAUUCGUGCAUGUUCCUUUCAGUUUGCUGCGCGGAGGACAUCAAAACCGGUGUGCCCACCAGGAGAGUAAUCUGGUAAGAAUGGCACCAAACGGGAGAGAUUCUGGAGUCUGGCACCAGACCAAGAGUCUGCUUCACAAAAACCUGCUGCUCAAAUGGAGGACGAAGCAACAGAGUCUGCAGGAGUUGAUUCUGCCCUUGAUGCUUCUGGGCCUCCUGGUUCUGAUCAGCACACUCAACCCUCAUGUUUCCUACGCUGGCUUUAAGACUAUCGACCUGGAGAAUGACUUUGACCUGCCCUUCAAGUACCUGGGCUACACCCCCAUCAGCAACAUGACCACCCGCAUCAUGGAGGAGGUGUCCCAUUCCCUGCCCAAGGAUGUGGUGCUGGAGAUGUUCUCCAGUGAGCGGGAGCUGGAGAACGCCAGCCUGUACGAGUCCUCCAGCUUUGUGGGCGUGGUCUUCCUGGAUGGGAUGUCCUAUCAGCUGCGCUUCCAAUACAACGAGCUGCCGCUCCCCAGCGACUACACGGAGUCCUUCGCCAGCUGUUUAGAGGAUUCUUUGAACUGCAGAGCAGCAAACUACUGGUACACAGGUUUUAUCUGGCUGCAGUCCCACAUCGACGCCGCCAUCAUACAGAUGCAGACAAAGCAGGACGUGUGGCAGGCCAUGUCGGGGCUGCAGGUGGUGAUGAUGGGGCAGCCGGGGCGGGUGGAGAUGCAGAAGUUCUCACACGUGGUCAGCUCCAUCUACCUGGUGCUGGCCUUCACACCCUUCGUCUCUUUUCUCAUCGCCAACGUCGCCGCUGAGAAGGAGCACCGCCUCAAAGACGCCAUGAGGAUGAUGGGCCUGUACGACUCCGCCUUCUGGCUUUCCUGGGGGCUGCUCUAUGCAGCGUUGGUCACCGCCAUGUCUAUUGUGAUGGCCAUCAUCGCCACCUGUACCGCCCUCUUUCCCAACAGCGAUGUGCUCCUCAUCUUCCUCCUCAUCUUCCUCUAUGGAAUCUCCUCCAUCUUCUUCUCCUUCAUGGUGACUCCGCUGUUUAAGAAGCCCAAGUUUGCCAGCACUGUGGGCUCGAUGCUGACAGUGGUGAUGGGCUGCCUGUCCCUCUUCACUGUGCUGAUCAAGGACUUCCCCCAGCCGCUGGUCUGGGCCCUCUGUCUGCUGUCUCCUAGUGCUUUCUCUAUGGGUAUCGCACAGGUGGUGUAUCUGGAGGCACAUGGAGAUGGGGCAGUGUUCUCCACCCUGGGCAGUGGGCCCCACCCUCUCUAUGUUCCCCUGUUCAUGAUGCUGCUAGACAGCGCUCUCUACCUGCUGCUCGCCCUCUACCUGGACCAGGUGCUGCCAGGUGAGUUUGGUAUGCGCCAGUCUCUGCUCUACUUCCUGAAGCCGUCCUAUUGGUCCAGGCGCAGGAAGCGGUAUGUGGAGGUGAGCUUAGUGUGUGAGAGGGAGCUCAGUGCAGGCCCCUCCCUUGCCACGCCUGUGUGCCCCGCCCAUCCUGCCCAGCUCAUCGAACCCGUUUCCCCAGAGUUCCGAGGUCGAGAGGCCAUCAGGAUCAGUAAUCUCCGGAAGGUUUAUAAAGAGACGGACAGCACUGUGGAAGCUUUGAGAGGUCUCUCGUUUGAUAUCUGCGAAGGCCAGAUCACUGCCCUGCUGGGGCACAGUGGGGCUGGGAAGUCCACCCUGAUGAACAUCCUGUGUGGAAUCUGCCCUCCUACUGAAGGCGCAGCCACUAUCUACGGCUCGUCAGUGGGUGAGAUGGCAGAGGGGGCGGAGCUGAGGCAGCUGGUGGGGAUCUGUCCGCAGUUCAACAUCAUGUUUGAUGUUCUCACCGUGGAGGAACACUUGCGCGUGUUCGCUGCUAUUAAAGGCAUCAGUUCUGCAGAGACCGCUGGAGAGGUGUCGAAGGUUCUGCGGGAUUUGGACUUGGAGAAGAUCAAAGACGCUCAGGCCCGGAAACUGAGUGGAGGCCAGAAGCGAAAGCUGUGUGUGGGAAUCGCCAUCCUGGGGGACCCUAAGGUGCUGCUGCUGGACGAGCCCACUGCAGGUAUGGAUCCCUGCUCCAGGCACCAGGUGUGGGCUCUGCUCCAGGCCCGGAGGGCUGGGCGGGUCACUGUGCUCAGCACACACUACAUGGACGAGGCUGACAUCCUGGCAGAUCGGAAGGCGGUGCUUUCUCAGGGUCAGUUGAAAUGUGUGGGUUCUUCCCUCUACCUCAAGACCAAGUGUGGAGUUGGCUACAACCUCAGAAUGUCAGUGACGGAGGCGAGUGAGGUAGAACGUAUCACCGCAUUGGUCAAGCAGCACAUCGCCAAAGCGCAGUUGUCACGGCAGCAGGAGGCGGAGCUCAUGUACACACUGCCAUUUGAAAGCAUGGACAUGUUCUCAGGUCUCUUCUCUGAACUGGACUGUCGGCCGGACCUCAGCAUUACCAACUACGGGGUUUCCAUGACAACGCUGGAGGAUGUCUUCCUGCGAUUGGAGGCUGAAGCUGAGGUGGACCAAGCAGACUACAGUGUGUUUGAUCAGGAGCUGGUGGAGGCUGAGGCCUCUUCGCUGGAGGACAUGGAUGAGCGGCUGCUCUCCUUCUCAGACGGCGGUUCUGAAGGCGUGGCCGGCCCCGCCCUGUGGAGACAGCAGUGUGGGGCCGUGACCCGGCUGCACAUGCUCAGUCUGUGGCGCGAGAAACCGCUGAUCUACAUCUUGGCCAUGUUUGGGACCUUCCUGCUGUCAGUUCUGAUAUUGUCCCUGACCACAGGAAACAUUCAGUUCCAGUCCCCAGAACGGCAGCUUCUCCCGGUCUACCUGCUGGGCCCGAAUCGGACAGCCCAGCGGUACAGCACCUCACUGCUGGUGCACAACUCCACUGAUGCAGAUAUCUCUGAGUUCCUGCACUGUGUGGAGUCCCAGGACAUUGUGGUGGAGUUGCAGAAGGAUCUGGACUACAUGGCAAUUGCUCCACAUAGUGCAGCCAUCACUGUCACCGGGACCAGCAGGGAUGUGAAGUACCAGGUUGCGUUUAACAGCACCACUGUGCACUCCCUGCCCAUGGUGGUGAACGUGCUGAGCAACGCCCUGCUGCGCUGUCACAACGGCUCGGGCCACAUCCGCACCUGGACCAGACCCUUCCAGUUUCAGAUGACGGGCGGCAUGUCCUAUGCACUGGUGUACAUUGAAGCUGUGCUUCUGGGCCUGCUUGUCGCCGGCACCCCCGCCUACUUCGCCAUGGAGCAUACGCGUGACCGGGAGAUUAAGUGUCGCACCACGCUGCGUGUGUCGGGGCUGGUUCCCUCAGCGUACUGGUGUGGGCGGGGCCUGGUGGACGUGCCGCUCUUCUACGUCCAGAUCAUCUGCAUGGUGGCCACACUGUUUGCCUUCCACGCCUCUGACCUGCUGUACUCCACUGCAGUUGCCUUUACGAUCCUGUGUGUGAUUGGUUCUGGCCCAGCUGUAAUUCUUUUUACGUACGCCAUGUCUUUCAUGUUUACGCGCAUUCAGAGCAACCGUGACUUCCUCUCUGUCGUGUUCAUGAUGGUGUGUGUGGUUUCUGCAUCGGUGGUCCAGCUGGCCUACAUUAAUCAAAGUGUUCUUCUGGCCCAAGUCCUGCACAGUGUCCUCUGCUUCUUCAGCCCCUUCUACCCCCUCAUCGGCUGCCUCAGCUGCAUCGCCGAGGCCACUUUCCUGACCUCUGGGUAUGAAAGCCGCCGGUUCCUGUGGAAGGCUCAGCUUAUGUCUGUAGUAGCGCCCUACCUGCAGUGCAUCCUGCUGCUGUUCCUGCUGCGCUGGCUGGAGAUCCGCAGUGGAGGGAGUAUCAUGAAGAACGACCAGCUGUGCAGGAUCCGGGCUCGUGCAGCAGGGGGCAGCAGAGCUCGGCAGCUCCCUGAGGAGUGUGUGUCUGAAGAUGAGGACGUGCGAGUGGAGAGAGCACGUGUGAAGGAGGCGCUGACCUGUCAGAGCUGUGAAGAGAAGCCUGUGGUGCUGGUCAGUGAUCUGAGGAAGGUGUACUCCGGAGGGAAGGAGGGAUUGGACUUGAGUAAGAAGAGGAAGGUUGCCACCAAUAACAUCUCUUUCUCUGUCCGCAAAGGUGAAGUGUUGGGUCUCUUGGGCCCUAACGGUGCAGGAAAGAGCACUAUUAUGCACAUGCUGGCUGGAGAUUUGGAGCCAACUGCCGGACAGGUGCUGAUGGGAGAUUACAGCACAGAGUUCCAGCGGGGGGAGAUGCCCCUGGAGCACUUGGGGUACUGCCCCCAGGUCAGCCCACUGUGGCCCAAGAUCACCCUGCAGGAGCACCUGGAGAUCUACGCUGCCAUCAAAGGGCUCCACCCACAGGAUGUCCCAGACGUCAUAAAACGGGUGGUCAAUGCUUUGGAGCUGAAGGAUGACCUCCAUAAGAAAGCAAAGGGCCUGCCUGCUGGGAUCAAGAGGAAGCUAUGUUUUGCACUGAGCAUGCUGGGAAAUCCUCAGAUAGUACUUCUGGAUGAGCCGUCCACGGGGAUGGACCCUAAAUCCAAGCAGCGGAUGUGGAGGGCGAUACGUGCAGCUUUCAAGAACCGCCAGCGUGGGGCAGUCCUGACCACUCACUACAUGGAGGAGGCCGAGGCAGUGUGUGACCGUGUGGCCAUCAUCGUCUCCGGCCAGCUCAGGUGUAUCGGAUCCAUCCAGCAGCUGAAGCAGAAGUAUGGACAGGGCUACAGCCUGGAGGUGAAGCUGAGGGAGGAGCAGGUGGGCGUCCAGCAGGUGGCGCUCUUACAUGAAGAGCUGAUGAGGAUCUUCCCACACGCUGCACGGCAAGACAGCUUUGUGUCUUUGAUGGUGUACAGAAUUCCUAUGGAGGAUGUUCAGUCUCUGGCCGAUUCUUUUUCCAAGCUGGAGAGUGCAAAGCAAUCCUUCAACUUUGAGGAGUAUAAUUUCUCCCAGUCUACACUGGAGCAGGUGUUUCUGGAGUUUGCGAAGGAGCAGGAGAAUGAGGAGGAGGACGUGGGGUUGCUUAGCACCUCCUUCCGGUGGCAGCGUCUGCAUAAGGACGGGACCUCAUCCAACAGCCACCCCGACAGCAUCGUGCACCAGCUCUGACCCCGCCCCCAACUCUUCUUCCGCCACCAGCUCUGACCCCGCCCCCAACUCUUCUUCCGCCACCAGCUCUGACCCCGCCCCCAACUCUUCUUCCGCCACCAGCCCUGACCAUACCCCGGACCUGCACUGACUGGCUAGACCAGCGUUUCCCAACCUUUUUCCUUCCGCGGCACACUUUCCAAAUUUACAGAAUCUCAUGGCACACCACUCUCAAAAGCAUAAAAAAUAAACACCCUGCAGCGUCAGAUGUGACGUGCCAACAGUAGGCCUAAAUGCUCUUUUGGGGUUUUAAUUAAGUGAUAUGCAUUUCUUUGACAUUUAUCUUGGCUUUUGUGAAUGGGAUUUGUUCAUUUAAGUAUUUUUAAUUCAUUUGAACAUUAACAUUUUUUUAAAGGAUUUUUCACACAGCACACCUGACCUCGCCUGACGGCACACUGGUUGGGAAACGCUGGGCUAGACCAGAACAGACUGAGCCACACACCUAUUACAUCACAACAUCACACACAUACAGACAAAGUACAAGGAGGGUAGAAGAAUCACCCUGCCAAUGCGUACACACACACACACCCACGCACAUGCACACACACACCCACGAGCAAGCACACACACACGCACACACCCACACGCACGCACACACACACACACACCCGCACGCACCCAUGCACAUA